AUGGCGUCCAUCUUUCGCGAGACACAGGAGCAGCUCAAGGAGAUAAUCAUCCGAGACAUCAAACAGCUGAAGGAGCUGCCGCGGGACAUCGUCACCACACCCGACUUCCGCGUGGUCAUCCAGGGACACUUCAAUGAGUUUAAAACGACAGCGCUUCACGAGGCCUGCUUCCGAGGGUUCACUCCCAACGUGAAGAUACUGGUGGAGCACGGCGCCCCGCUCGAUGCCCGGCCGCUGCACCGAGCAGUCGGGGAGAACAAAUUCGAAGCCGCGGCCAUCUUGCUGCGAGCAGGAGCCGACCCCAACAGCGGCGAUGGCGACUUGAUGACGGCACUGCACCUGGCGUGCGACAAGGGCUUCGAGGAGCUGGCCCGCCUUCUCGUCGAACACAAAGCUGACGUCAGCGCCACUCCGCUCCACUACGCGGCCAACUCGGGGUCGGAGUACAUCUGCCGAUUACUCGUCAGCGCCGGUGCGACCGUCAACAUCGCGGACAGGGUGGGUUGGUCGCCCCUGCACGCGGCCGCGAGCAACGGCAAGGUGGCGGUGGUCAACUUCCUGAUCGACCGCGAGGCCGACCUCAACCCCCAAGCCCAGCGCUGUGGCCACACUCAUCACCAACGGCGCCGACCCUAA